AAUAACAAAAGAAAAAGUUUACAACCAAAUGUACAUGUUCCCGUACACUUUCUUGGCAUGAGCCUACUAACCAUCCGUUGGUUUUGCCUAAACAAAGUCACACCCUUCUCGUCUUUACAUAGCCUAAUCACCAUAUUAACCAUGCUUAUGUAAAGUUAUUCAUUACAAUAAACUAACAGAAGAGCCACCUAAAAUGUCAAUUCUUGACAUUGAUCUUUCCGUUUUAGAACAACUUAGCCUCUCCAAGCUCCUAAUUCUCUUUACCCAUUUCAAGAUCCUUGCAGCCACUUUGAUCAUUGCCACUGCAAUAUUGUACCUAUUCUACAAAUCAAAACACGUUUACCGCAUCGACUUCGUGUGUUAUAGGCCACCCGAUACCAACCGAGUUCCAACAUCUUCCUUCCAAGAACACAUAGAAAGAUGGGAGAAAUUCAGCCCUGAGAACGUCGAAUUCCAGGCCAAAGUCUUGGAAAGAUCAGGCAUAGGAAGUGAAAGCUACUUCCCAACAGGUAUCCACCUAUUGCCAAACGACCAGUCACUGAAUUCAACACUAGAAGAAGUCCAAAUGGUGCUCUUCUCAGUUGUCCAAAGCCUCUUCACCGAGCGCAAAAUCGACCCGAAAAGCAUUGACAUCCUCAUCACAAACUGCAGUGUUGUUUGCCCAACUCCCUCUUUGGCUUCCAUGAUCAUCAACAAGUUUGGCUUAAGAAGCAAUAUCCUCAGCUUCAACCUCUCCGGCAUGGGGUGCAGUGCUAGUUUGUUAUCCGUCUCUUUGGCUAAAGACCUUCUCAAAAUCCACAGAAACUCCCUGGCCUUGAUCCUCAGCAUGGAAUCAGUAUGUUCAAAUAUUUACGGUGGGAAGGUCAAGUCCAUGUUGCUCCCUAACUGCUUGUUUCGGAUGGGUGGCGCAGCGGUUUUGCUCUCAAAUCGAUAUAGGGACAAAAGGGUGGCAAAAUAUGUGCUCAAACACCUAGUGAGAACCCACAUUGGGGCUGAGGACAUUUACUACAGAUGUAUUAGUCAAGAGCCAGACAAUGAGGGAAUCACUGGGGUAAACUUGUCAAAAUCACUCCAGCAAUUAGCCGGGGAAGCGUUGAAAGUUAAUGUGGCAAAACUAGCUAUGUUAGUACUUCCCUACUCAGAGCAAAUCAGGUAUGUUCUAUCAGUGGUGUGGAAGAGAAUUUGGCCUCCUGCAAGGAAAAGAGGGCCUUAUGUGCCAGAUUUCAAGAAGGCUUUUGACCAUUUCUGCAUUCAUUCAGGCGGGAAAUCAGUUAUCGAGACCAUGAAGGAGAAGCUGAAGUUGAGAGAGAGGGAUAUUGAGCCUUCAAGGAUGACAUUGUACAAGUUUGGGAACACAUCUUCAGCUUCAACUUGGUAUGCACUUAGUUAUCUUGAAGCCAAGGGAAGGGUGAAAAGAGGGGAUAGACUUUGGCAGUUGGCUUUUGGGAGUGGGCUUAAAUGUAAUAGUGCAGUUUGGAAAUGCAUCAGAAAGCUUGAACCAGAAAGUUCCAAUGCAUGGUCUGAUUUUAUCCACAGGUACCCAAUUGAGGUCCCAGAUGUGAUGGAUCAUUGAAGAAAAUGUUGUUGUAGUGAAAGAUUAGCUUUUGUGAACAGGGCAAUGAUUUUUUUGAAUGAAUAUCUUGU